AUGGGUGAGGAGGUGCAGGCCAGACCGGCAGCGUGGGGAGGAGCAGUGAGCCAGGAGCCAGGGAGAGGCCAACAUCGGGGACAAGAAGCAGCGAGGCCAGCGGUCCGUCGGGGUGGUUUGGAGGGAGAGGGAGAGGGAGGAGGUCGGCCACGAGAGAAGGAGCAGGCCGGCCCUGCUUCGUCAUGGAGGAUGUCCAGCUGCUCGUCCUCCUCCGCCUCUUCUCCAAGCGUCCAUCCUAUCGCAACUCAGCUUCAGAAUUGGGUGCGUAUGAACAAUGCAAUGGAGGUUAUGUUAAUUCCUAGAGUCUUCUAUGUUCUUUUGUCUCCUGGUGAUUACUUCGAGUGGCUAUGUGAGGUUUUUCAGUUUUCGACUCUAUGCAAUUCUUGGUGCAAGGGCCCCCGCUUCCUUGUUGUGACGUUGCAGCCUUACUGGCCCUUCUGCAGGUAUGUACAAGCGCCUCUGGCAUACCCUCGAGAAAGAAAGCGAAGGAUAAAUGGAGGCCAAGGAUGGUUGCCGUUUUUUGUAUAUUGUGAUGGCUUCAACCCUGAAACAAGAAUAGAAGGGAGCCUGAGAACACUCAGCUUGUGCCAUGGGUCAUCCAACUUCUUGUUUAUUAGGCUACUGUUUGAUAAAAUGUUUCCUGACGUCCGGACCGGUCAUACUUUUGCAAGGUUAGAUGUGUUCUUAUUGAUGCACUUCAUUGCUUCUUGCUACAUGCUCUGUUUGCUUUGUUUCAUGGCCUAUCACUUGUUCUUGUCUGGUGAGAUUAUGAUACAUGCGAGGAUUGUUGUGUCCAACCUGCACAAGAAUGCCAAGAAAUCCUCAGAGACGUGUUCAAAAAUUAUGGGCUGUGGAUGCAGGAUUAAGGACAUGUACCUGCACUACAACGAGAGAUCUGGGCUGCUUCUUUGUGGCUUCCAAACUUGA